UCCCGCCCGGCGCCGGGAGCGGGCGCGGGGCUCCAAGAUGGCUUUGGCCAGGCUGUGCUCGCUGCUGGCCGGGUGCUGCCUGGCCGCGGGCAGCGGCCCCGCCGAGGCGGCGGCGGAGGCGGCGGCCAAGGAGCUGGAGUGCAAGCUGAAGAGCAUCACGGUGUCGGCGCUGCCCUUCCUGCGGGAGAACGACCUCAGCAUCAUGCACGGCCCCUCGGCCGCCGAACCCAAGCUGCUCUUCUCGGUCCGCAACGAUUUCCCCGGCGAGAUGGUGGUGGUGGACGACCUGGAGAACACGGAGCUGCCCUACUUCGUGCUGGAGAUCUCAGGCAACACGGAUGACAUCCCACUGGUGCGCUGGCGGCAGCAGUGGCUGGAGAAUGGCACGUUGCUCUUCCACAUCCACCACCAGGACGGGGCCCCCAACCUGCCCGGCUUCGACCCCACAGAGGAACCCCAGACUGAGUCGGCAGAGGAGGAGCUGAGGAUCCUCCACAUCUCUGUCAUGGGAGGGAUGAUCGCCCUGCUGCUCUCCAUCCUCUGCCUGGUGAUGAUCCUCUACACGCGCCGGCGGUGGUGCAAGCGGCGCCGCGUGCCGCAGCCCCAGAAGAGCGCCAGCGCCGAGGCGGCCAACGAGAUCCACUACAUCCCAUCGGUGCUGAUCGGGGGCCACGGGCGGGAGAGCCUGCGCAACGCCCGCGUGCAGGGCCACAACUCCAGCGGGACGCUCAGCAUCCGCGAGACGCCCAUCCUGGACGGCUACGAGUACGACAUCACCGACCUGCGGCACCACCUGCAGCGCGAGUGCAUGAACGGCGGCGAGGACUUCGCCAGCCAGGUCACCCGCACCCUGGACUCGCUGCAGGGCUGCAAUGAGAAGGCCGGCAUGGACCUCACACCAGGGAGUGAUAAUGCCAAGCUGUCCCUGAUGAACAAGUACAAGGACAACAUCAUUGCCACCAGCCCCGUGGACUCGAACCACCAGCAGGCCACGCUGCUGUCCCACACCUCCAGCAGCCAGCGCAAGCGCAUCAACAACAAAGCACGAGUGUCCCCUGCAGCUGGCUCGGCAUUUCUCAACCCCGAGGGGGACUCGGGGACAGAGGCAGACACCGAUCCCCAGCUGACCUUCUACACGGACCCCUCGCGGAGCCGGAGGCGCAGCCGAGUGGGGUCCCCCCGGAGCCCUGUGAACAAGACCACGCUGACCCUCAUCAGUGUGACGAGCUGUGUCAUCAGCCUUGUGUGCUCCUCCCACAUGAACUGCCCCCUGGUCGUCAAGAUCACCCUCCACGUCCCUGAGCACCUGAUCGCUGACGGAAGCCGGUUCAUCCUGCUGGAGGGGAGCCAGCUGGAUGCCAGUGACUGGCUGAACCCAGCACAGGUCGUCCUCUUCUCCCAGCAAAACUCCAGUGGGCCCUGGGCCCUGGACCUCUGCGCCCGGCGCCUCCUCGACCCCUGUGAGCACCAGUGUGACCCCGAGACUGGGGAAUGUCUCUGCUAUGAAGGCUACAUGAAAGACCCUGUGCACAAGCACCUCUGCAUCCGGAACGAGUGGGGGACGAACCAGGGGCCGUGGCCGUACACCAUCUUCCAGCGCGGCUUUGACUUGGUGCUGGGCGAGCAGCCCUCUGACAAGAUUUUUCGGUUCACCUACACCUUGGGGGAGGGCAUGUGGCUGCCCCUGAGCAAGAGCUUUGUCAUCCCACCGGCCGAGCUGGCCAUCAACCCCUCAGCCAAGUGCAAGACUGACAUGACGGUGAUGGAGGAUGCAGUGGAGGUCAGGGAAGAGCUGAUGACCUCGUCCUCCUUCGACAGCCUGGAGGUCCUUCUCGACUCCUUUGGCCCCGUUCGUGACUGCUCCCGGGACAACGGAGGCUGCAGCAAGAAUUUCCGCUGCAUCUCGGACCGCAAGCUGGACUCGACGGGCUGUGUGUGCCCGACGGGGCUGAGCCCCAUGAAGGAUGGCACGGGCUGCUAUGACCGUCACGUCGGCGUGGACUGCUCCGAUGGCUUCAACGGGGGCUGCGAGCAGCUGUGCCUGCAGCAGAUGGUCCCCCUGCCCGAAGACCCCCUGCUCUACAACAUCCUCAUGUUCUGUGGGUGCAUCGAGGACUACAAGCUGGGCACGGACGGGCGGUCGUGCCAGCUGAUCUCGGAGUCGUGCCCAGAGGUGGGGGACUGCGGCGAGCCCCGCGAGCUGCCCAUGAACCAGACGCUCUUCGGGGAGAUCUUCUAUGGCUACAACAACCACUCCAAGGAGGUGGCACCAGGGCAGGUGCUCAAAGGGACGUUCAGGCAGAACAACUUUGCCCGGGGCCUGGAGCAGCAGCUGCCGGAUGGGCUGGUGGUGGCCACAGUGCCCUUGGAGAACCAGUGCCAAGAGGAGCUCUCCGACCCCAUGCCCGACCCUGAGUUCCUCACUGGGAUGGUGAACUUCAGCGAGGUGUCUGGGUACCCCCUCCUGCAGCACUGGAAGGUGCAGUCCGUCAUGUACCAUGUCCGGCUCAACCAGAUGACCAUCUCCCAGUCCUUCAGCAAUGCUCUCCACUCUCUGGAUGGAGCCACCUCCCGUGGAGAUUUCGUGGCGCUGCUGGACCAGUUUGGCAACCACUACAUCCAGGAGGCAGUGUACGGCUUCGAGGAGUCCUGCUCCAUCUGGUAUCCCAACAGGCAGGUCCAGCGGCAGCUCUGGCUGGAGUAUGAGGACAUCAGCAAAGGCAACUCCCCCUCAGACGAGUCAGAGGAGCGGGAGCGGGACCCCAAGGUGCUGACAUUCCCCGAGUACAUCGCCAGCCUCUCAGAGUCUGGCACCAAGCGCAUGGCAGCCGGCGUGCGGAUGGAGUGCCAGAGCCGCGGGCGCUGCCCCUCCUCCUGCCCGCUCUGCCACGCCGCCUCCAGCCCCGACGUGCCAGCCGAGCCCAUCCUGCUGGAGGUCACCAAAGCAGCCCCCCUCUACGAGCUGGUCACCAACAACCAGACCCAGCGGCUCCUGCAGGAGGCCACCAUGAGCUUGCUGUGGUGCUCGGGCAGCGGGGAUGUGAUCGAGGACUGGUGCCGCUGUGACUCGAGUGCCUUCGGGGCUGACGGGCUGCCCACCUGUGCGCCUCUCCCGCACCCCAUCCUGCGUCUCUCCACUGUACAUGAGCCCAGCAGCACACUGGUGGUACUGGAGUGGGGCCACUCGGAGCCCCCCAUUGGGGUGCAGAUCGUCGACUACCUCCUCCGCCAGGAGAAGGUCACCGACAGAAUGGACCACUCCAAGGUGGAGACAGAGACGGUGCUGAGCUUCGUGGAUGACAUCAUCUCUGGUGCCAAGUCACCCUGUGCCAUGCCAGCCCAAGUGCCUGACAGACUCUCCUCCACCAUCUCCCUCAUCAUCCGCUGCUUGGAGCCCGACACCACCUACAUGUUCACACUCUGGGGAGUCGACAACACAGGAAGACGUUCCAGGUCCAGUGAUGUGACGGUCAAGACGCCCUGCCCUGUGGUAGAUGAUGUGAAAGCUCAAGAAAUAGCAGACAAGAUCUACAACCUCUUCAACGGCUACACGAGCGGCAAGGAGCAGCAGACAGCCUACAACACUCUGCUGGACCUGGGCUCCCCCAGCCUCCACCGAGUCCUUUACCACUACAACCAGCACUACGAGAGCUUUGGGGAGUUCACCUGGCGCUGUGAAGAUGAGCUGGGGCCCAGGAAUCAUGGCAAGGGAGGACACAGGCGAUGCAAUGUGCCGAGGAUAGGCAAUGUGAGGGAGCAGACCCUGUACAGACUCUGCUCAGCCUGUGCUCGAGACGCGUGGCUCUACAGAAAGCAAUGCCAGCGGUGGGAGAAGGCCACUCGCAAAACCACCUGACGAUGUCGGAAGGUGCUGCCAAGAAAAAGGAAAACCCCAAUGCCCAGCUGUGCCACACGAAGGUGACGGAUGUGAUCCAGGGAAAUGGUCAGCUGGGUCCCAACUGCCGGAACACGCACCCUGCAGCCUGGGGGGGUCGUGGGCUGGUUGAAAUGUCUCUUAUAAACAGGGAAAAAAUGAAUAAGGCAAUUGCAGCAGCCGCUCUGCGCUGUGUUGAGUGGUGGGGAGCUGCUGGGCCAGGCGGCGUGCCACCGAGGCAGCCAGGGAGACGGGCUGUGUCAGCGGAUCUCCCGCUCGCCCAUCCAUCUUCCUUGUUUGUUCAGACAGGAGCUGCAGCGGGGCGUGUGUCAGCACGUGGAGGUGCAGCAUCUGGCGCUGCUGGGCCAGGGCCCUGUGCUGCCGGCACGAAAAUAGUAACAGCAAAUCAAGGGCUUGGCAAUUUAAAUAGGCUAAAAAAACAGAGGCUCUCAAAGCUGGGAGCAGGCACAGCUGAAAAGAGAAAAAAUCAAAGGAGGGAAAAGAAUGGAAGAGGGAAAAAUAUUGCAGGCAGAGGAAGGAUGGGAGAAAGGGCUGGUUAGAUCCCAGUGCAUGCCAGCCAGAAGCAUCUCCGAGUGCUCAGUGGGUCCAUCUCUCAAGGAUGCUGGGAGAUGUCACGCAGGGUACAGUGCCUGUGCACAGUAUUUUUCCACAGCCCUUGAAUAGUCCCCAGGCUGGCUCCAUCCUCGGGGCUGCUGCCCUGCCAUCAGUGAGGAAGAAAGGCUCCAGGCAUUUUUCUUCAAAUCCACCUCACACGUAGGUUGAUUCAGUGUGAAAGAGCACAAAAAGGUGCAACAGGUGAGGGAAAGGUGGAUCACGAAGGCUCAAUCCCAGAUCCCAUCAGUGUUGUACAUAUUUCAGUGUUGCACUGCCAGUGCUUGGGAAACAUUAUUUUCCAGGAAUGCAGGUUUUGCUCUGGUUGAGCACACCUGAAGGCCCAGCACCUUGCUUUUGGCCAUCACCCCUUCCAGAUGCUUUGGAGGAAGGUGGAAUAAAGAGGGGAAAAAAAAAAAAAAAAAAAUCAGCAUUCACCUGGCCAGCUGUGUAACUGAGGAGCUGAAAGACUCCCCUGAUCUACCACUGAGGUGGAAAGUGCUUGUCGUUUCUAUCUGCACACAGCCAUUGAAAGGCCAAAUCCCAGUUUCGGGGAGUCAAGUCCAGCCUUAAGAAGCAAAAUGCUUUCUCCCAGACUGGUCCAGGGUGUUGUGACUGUGCUGAUCCACCCAAGGAGGGUGCAUAGUUUGCUUUCAUGGAGCUUCUAAGUCAGCCUGGGUUUUGCUGUCCUUUCAUUUUUCCCUUUGGGAAUUGGUAUUCUGAGCAUCAAGCUGACACAGCCACGUGGCUGAGAAGGCGCAGGUGUCUUUGCCCUCCUCAGCUGUUGCCUUGAAAGCACCCCCAGAGAAACAGGGGAACCACCAUUUGGGCAGGGACCAGCCCUGGAAAAGCUGCUGCUGCUGCUGCCCUCGGACUCACGCCUCGUGCCUCAGCUUCACCACCGGUAACUCUGCUCCUGAGAUGGACGAGUCACUAGUGGUGGGAAGCUCAGUUGGAAACCCCAUCCCUUUGGUGGCAGAGGGAUGUCAGCCCAAACCAGGGUUCACAGAACCAUGGCACACGAGCCUGAGUUGCCCCAGGGCUGCAGAGUGCUACAGCUCCAGGGGUCUGGAGCAAGAGAAGCCAUGUCCCAGGUGAAGGUGCUGCCCGUGGCAGGGAGGGACAGGCGGGGUGUGUGGGGAAAGGAAAGCAUGGAGGGGCUGCAGGAGCCCUCCGAGAGGCAGAGGGGAGCUUCUCCCUGCCGGGUGUCUUUCCUUCCUCCCCACCUCAGCCACUAGCAAGAUCUUUCCAAAAGCUCUGGGAGGCCCCUGGGAGGACCUGAAGAGUGCCCAAAGCCUUGUUAAACAUCUGGUUCACUUAAAGCCCCAAUACAUCCACCACCCCAGCUUGGGUCCCUGAAAAUUCCCCCUCCCAUCCCUGUCCCAAUCCCUCCAACACCCUUGUAAACCACUGUUCCCCUGCAGAAGACUGUCAGUCCUUAAGGCCAGAGAUGUGACAGGAGCUGGCUAAAGGGAUGCUAUAGCACCGUGUCCCCAGGACACAGCCCUUUCCUUACACACAUUCACGCUGGUGAGGCAGAGCGCCCGGUCAUUCUUGGCUCUCCCUGCUUGCCCAGGGAAGUUGACUGGGAAUGCAGACUGUGGGAGGAAAUGACAAUGUUCAUUGUUUGGAUUAAAUAUUUUUCUUGGCCCUC